GACGUGUCCCGCUGUCCUGGCUCCGUGGGUCCAGCGGGAUUGGGCCUGGGCGCUGGAACUGCCGGGGCUCCCACCACGGCGGGUACCAUGGAGGCCGUGCCAGAGACCAGAACUCAGCCACGGGAGGCCGAGACAGCCGGCGGUGCUCGUAGAUGAGGCGGCGGCGGCGGCGGUGGCAGCAGCCCGGGCUCUCCAUGAGCAAGCGGCGGCGGCGACGGGUGCGGCGGCACCGGCGGUUUUCGGUCCCCGGGGAGGAUGAAGACACUGUUUGAAGAGAUCAAAGCAUCAAUUAAAAAUAACUAUAACCAAGAUCGAUCAUUUUGGAGGCCUGUUCUUCCUUGGGGAGGUGUUUUUACUAUAAAAGCUGGCCGCAAAGCAGUAUCCUGUACACCACUCUAUGUUGAAAUAAGACUGAAAAAUACCUGCACCAUAGAUGGAUUCUUGAUGUUAUUAUAUGUCAUUCUUAAUGAAAAUGAAAAUUUCCCCAGAGAACUCUCUCUUCAUUUUGGUAGAGAGUUUGUAGACUGUUUUCUUUAUUUAAUGGACACCUACAGUUUUACAACUGUGAAGCUACUUUGGAUUUGGGACAAGAUGGAAAAACAGCAAUACAAAUCUGAAGUUCAUAAAGCUUCAUUAAUAAUUGAUUUGUUUGGGAAUGAGCAUGAUAAUUUUACAAAAAAUCUUGAAAAUCUCAUGUCUACCAUUCAAGAGAGUUACUGUUCCAACUGGCGAUGCCCAACUCGAGUGCAGGAAGAUCAGCAGCGCACAAUUAAUAUAAAUCCUCCUCAAGAAAUUCCACAUGGAAACUUGAUAAGACUGGCUGUGGAUGAAUUAUUCUGUUCCAAGAUUGAACUGUGUGAAGAGCAUGGUUGUGGUGGCUUAAGAGAAUUUUCCCAACGAAUUUUCUGCCAUGGGGCACCUCCUUUUGUUGUCUUAAAUAUGCAGCACUGGAAAUCUGAAGAUCUGGCAUAUGUACCCUAUUACUUGGAUUUGUCUGACCACAAGUAUUUAUUGGAAGGUGCCACAUUAUUUAACAAAGAGGAACAUCAUUAUUCUGCAGCUUUCCAGAUUGAUGGACAUUGGAUGCACUAUGAUGGGCUCAGAAAUGUGAAUUUAAUUUUGUUGAAUAAACCCCCAGAGUUUCUUCUCUUGUCAUCAUUGGUUUAUAUUCGAGCAACAGAGAAAUAAAUAUAGACUGAUGCUAAAAGUUGUUUUCCCUCCUGCCCAUGCUCCCCCAGAUGAAGGGCUUCUUUUUGUGUAUUCUUGGUAUCCAAGGAAACAGUUCAACUAUACUAGUUUCAGAGGUCUAUUUUCAAAAGUGUUUAAUCCCAGAUAAAUGUUUUAUAUAGAGGAUCUAUGCAAAAAUGUUUGUAUUUCUUUUUUUUAUAUUUCUGAGUUAUUUUUAUAUGAACAUAUUUUAUGUUAAAAUAAAAUAUAUCUUGUG